CCCCGCGGUGUCCCCCGCAGCCACCCACCGUCACCCCCGUCCACCCACCGUCACCCCGCACCCGCCCGGCCAUGGCGCUGAGCGAGCCCAUCCUCCCGUCCUUCUCCACCUUCGCCAGCCCGUGCCGCGAGCGCGGCCUCCAGGAGCGCUGGCCGCGCCCCGAGCCUGAGGCCGGUGGCACGGACGAGGACCUCAACAGCGUGCUGGACUUCAUCCUGUCCAUGGGGCUGGACGGUCUGGGCCCCGAGGCCGCCCCCGAGCCGCCGCCGCCGCCGCCGCCCGCCUUCUUCUACCCCGAUCCCGGCGCGCCGCCGCCCUAUGUCGGCCCCGCGGGCGGCCUGGUGUCCGAGCUGCUGGACGCGCCGCCGGGCCCCGCGCUGCACGGCCGCUUCCUGCUGGCGCCGCCCGCGCGCGCGGUCAAGGCCGAGCCCCCCGAGGUGGACGGCGGCGCCUACGGCUGCGCGCCCGGCCUGGCCCGCGCGCCCCGGGGCCUGAAGCGCGAGGGCGGCGCGGCGGCAGCCGCCGCGUGCCUGCGGCCGGGAGGCCGCCCGCCGCCGCCGCCGGCCGCCGCCGCCGCCGACACGCCGCCGCUCAGCCCCGACGGCCCCGCACGCCUGCCCGCGCCCGGCCCGCGCGCCUUCCCGCCACCGCCGCCGGCCUUCGCAGGCCCCGGCUACGGCGUCCCCGGGCCCGGGCUGCACUACGGGCCUCCGACCCCCGCCGCCUUCGGUCUCUUCGACGACGCGGCGGCCGCCGCCGCUGCCCUGGGCCUGGCGCCCCCGACCGCCGCCGCCGCCCGCGGGCUCCUCACGCCCCCCGCGUCCCCGCUGGAGCUGCUGGAGGCCAAGCCCAAGCGCGGCCGCCGCUCCUGGCCCCGCAAGCGCACGGCCACGCACACCUGCAGCUACGCGGGCUGCGGCAAGACCUACACCAAGAGCUCGCACCUCAAGGCGCACCUGCGCACGCACACAGGCGAGAAGCCAUACCACUGCAACUGGGACGGCUGCGGCUGGAAGUUCGCGCGCUCAGACGAGCUCACGCGCCACUACCGCAAGCACACGGGCCACCGGCCGUUCCAGUGCCACCUGUGCGACAGGGCCUUCUCACGCUCAGACCACCUGGCCCUGCACAUGAAGAGGCACAUGUAGCCAGGACGCCCCCGCCACCCGUGCACGGCCGUGGCAGGCCCCAUGAGCUGGCACUGGCCCCUUCCUAAACUGUGACUGGUAUUUAUUGGACCCUGGUGACCCGGCUGGGCAGUUGUGGCCAUGACAAAUGAUGCCACCUCCCCGGCCCACAUUGUGACUGAAGGCCCGGUGGGAGAAGCCACCCUUCUCGACGAGUUUUGUUUUCAAAAUGGUGCAAUAAUAAUUGUGACUUCCGCCCACGGCCAGCACUAGAGGACGCAGGCUGGGUGCCCCGUGAGCAAUCAGCCCCAUGUGUACUGUCGGCGACAUUUUUAUAAUAGUGUACAUAGUGACUGUGACAGAUAUUGUAUUGCUGUAAAUACGGGAGACAAGAGGGCAUUUUGGCUGCCUGGUUUUUUUUUUUUUUUUUUAUAUAAGAAGUGUCUUGCUGGUUUUUUUAUUAAAAUGAAAACUUUUGCAUCUUUUGGAAAAAAAGAAAAUCUCAGCUCUGGUCUGGCUGUGUGGAGGUUGGGGACCCUGGGGAGGGGACAGGACAGAGGAGCCAGUUCUGGUGGAUGACUGCCUGGCAUAUGCAGGAUGUGAGAA